GUCCGCCGAAACGGAGGCGGAAUAUUUAGGUGAAAGUGUUUCGAAUUUCGACAUGACGACAUUCGCGCGCAGUCGUUAUCGUGAUUUUGCCGAAUCGAGAGGUUCGGAGAACGCGCAUGCGAACGCAACGCGACUCCGACCUGCGCGCGCGCUAUCCCUAUGUGCUCGUUCCGCAGGAAGUGCACCAUACUCCGCGUGCUGAUCGUGUCAAGUGCUGCGUCGGAAAAGUAUGCUGAGAGUCGGUGUGUCCAAAAAUUUUCGAAGACGUAAAUUAAAAGGUGAUCGGUGAAUUAGAAAAAUCCGUGGAACUUUAUGUGAUGUGCGAGCUGCAGCGCUAAGCAAACUGUCGGCUGGUGAUAAUCUGGGGUCCGAGGCGCUUGACGCUUCUUCACAUGCACUGCAACUACAGACGAUGACCUCCACAAUGGGAAUAAUGACACUCAGCCGCGGCCCGUGUGACCUCGACAACAUGAGUCUGUUCCAAGACCUCAAACUAAAGAGGCGGAAAGUUGACUCCCGAUGUAGUAGCGAUGGUGAGUCGGCAGCCGACACCAGUACGUCGUCGCCAGACCCAGGUCCACCGUCACCGCGCAUGGCCGAGGCCGGGUGUAGCACGCCGCCGCACCCACCACCUGUAUUCGACGGCGGCGGAUCGCCUUCGCCUUCGCCUUCGUGCCACCCUACAGUCAUCCGCUCUGCACCACCUUAUUCAGUCAUUAAAUUUGAAGGAGCUCCUGUUGUCAAAACGGAAAGUUCCCAAAUUAAUAAACACGAAUCUGCACCUUCAUCAGUUAAACUUGAAGCUGCACAACCAGAACCUCCUCAGCCUUAUAGGCCACGUGCUCUUGCGCCACCUCCGCAAAGUCCGCAUACAGCGCUUUCACCGGGACACUGGCCACCCGCUGCUUGUAUCAACGGUGUGAAGCCGGAGCUCAUCGGCGGUCAUUUCCCACCUCAACCAUUAGAACAAAAAUCAGGAUCUCGAAAUACGCAAUGGCGCGGUGCGCCAGCUGUUAUCAUGGGCGAAUCUGGUGGUGUUCGGACUAUGUUUUGGACAUUACCCGCACCAGCCGCUAGUGGUGAGCCUGCAGCAAGUGCGUCGCAUACGCCGACACCACCAACCCCUGACCCGGGUACGUGUAGUGAAGAGUCCGCAGCACGAUUGCUGCUUAACCUCGGUGGAGAAUUAAGGCGACCAAGAGGACCAAGAUUAGAUAUGGAGCUUCUCUGGGCUGGAGAUGUCUCGCAGCUGCCAGCGCAUCAACAAAUGCAUGCAUUAAAUCUCAGUGCUGCAGCAGGAACUGUUUCAGGUUUACCAGGUGUUGCAAGUGCAAGUUCUUUAUCAACUCGUCCAGAACUUCGAACCUAUGCUCCUGAGGCAGAUCGUGAAGAAGAUGAACAACCUAUGAUAUGCAUGAUAUGUGAAGAUAAAGCAACGGGAUUACAUUACGGCAUUAUAACAUGCGAAGGUUGCAAAGGGUUUUUUAAAAGGACUGUACAAAAUCGUCGAGUGUACACUUGUGUUGCUGAUGGUGGCUGUGAAAUAACAAAAGCGCAACGGAAUAGAUGCCAGUACUGUCGUUUCAAGAAGUGUAUAGAACAAGGAAUGGUUUUACAAGCUGUUCGAGAGGACCGUAUGCCUGGUGGCAGGAAUAGUGGUGCCGUAUACAACCUUUACAAAGUUAAAUAUAAGAAACACAAGAAACCAAAUACUAAAGCAGCGACCACAACAAGCCGAGCAUCACCACCAGAAAAACCUAAAGACCCUUUACCACCCCUCCCACCGCACCUCGUCAAUGGGACCAUACUAAAGACUGCAUUAACAAACCCCAGCGAGGUGGUACAUCUGAGAGCAAGACUGGAAAGCGCAGUAUCAUCAUCUCGAGAUCGAGCCGUUCCUUUGGAAAGGGCGCUGCACAUGAUCCGAGCUCUCAUCGACUGUGAUGCUAUGGAAGACAUUGCAACUGUACGUCAUCUACCUGAUCUCCUCCACGACACGUCCGAAAUUGGCGACAAACUUUGUAAAAUUGGAGACUCCAUUGUACAUAAAAUGGUCGCAUGGACGAAAAAGUUACCAUUCAUAAUGGAAAUUCCUAUGGAAAUCCAUUCUAAGUUGUUAAUGGAGAAGUGGCACGAGAUCUCAGUUUUAACAACAGCGGCAUACCAAGCGAUGCAUGGGAAACUCGCUCAUGCACCACCGUCGUCGGAUCAUGAACAUGAUUUCAUGCAAGAGGUAAAUGCCAAUUUAAGGACAUUACAAAAUUGCCUGACAUCAUUGAUGGGUAGGCCAAUAACCCUGGAACAGCUCCGACUGGAUGUGGGAUUGGUGGUGGAGAAGAUGACUCAAAUAACCUGCGUGUUCCGUCGCAUUCAGCUCAGAAUGGAGGAGUACGUGUGCUUGAAGGUCUACAUAUUGCUUAAUCAAGAAGUGGAGUUGGAAAGUAUUCAGGAUAGGUACGUGCAAGUAUUGCGCAGUUACUUAGAACACGCUGCACCCCACCAUCCUGGCAGACUUCAGGAGCUGUUCGCUCGGAUACCCGAGAUACAAGCGGCGGCAAAUCUGCUACUAGAAAGUAAAAUGUUCUACGUACCGUUCGUGCUAAACUCGGCUGAGAUCAGAUAGUACAUGGCGCAGCAGGGCGUCUAGUUCUCGAUGUACGAGCGGCAGACCCCCGUCCCGCGCCCGCGCCAUCCCCGCCAGCCCUGCACCCUCGUCACAUAACCGACCUGUGUUCACUCCAGAGUCAGCAGAACGUUCCUACUCGACCGGACACCGACAAUAAACACGGCUCGGAUCAUCUUCGGAUCGAGACGGAGCCACCACAGUGCGUGGACUCCUUAUAUUCGCUAAACAUUGAACUGAGUGAGUGUGGAUAGUGCGGUAUUAUACCUUUGUUGAAUCGAUGUGUGUAUUGGCUUAUUGUUUAGUAGAGGAAUUAAAACGUCCCAAUUGACAGACUGAUUUAUCAUAAAAUAUAGAUAUUAUUUAAGUACCAGGGACUCGGAUGCGUGUUUUAUACGUGGUAGUGUAUACUACUUAGUGUUAAAUAGAGUAAAUAUAUAAUUAUGUUACUAUUUAAAUACGUCAGUCGAAGAAUCGCAUAAUAUAUUAUUUCUGUACAUAUAGAUUGUAACUUACCAUAGUUUCGUAGUUAAGGUCGUUGUUUAUAGACAUAAUUGUUUCUUGUAAAUCAAAUAUUGCUGUUUUAGUUUGCAUUUUAUAUCUAGAUUUAAACCGGUUGUCUCGCCGGGUGUGUAAUAUCGGAAAUUUUCUAAUUUUAUUUUAUAUGACUUGUUCGUAAUUAAGUAGCACUAAGUACCUACUCUCAGUGUUUACCAAGACUGCUUGUAUAAAUCUGUAACGUUUUUACGCAAAAGUAAUGAAGCGCGGCUUCGCGCGUCUCUGUAGUCACAACUUAUGCAUUUUUAUUGCCUAUAUUUCGCAAAUCACUUAUGCAUAUAAUCUCGUUCAAACUCUUACUUUACUCUGGUCUAACUAGAUAUAAGCGACCGGUAGGCAUUGUCGAGCCGACGUGCUGAUGGCGACCGAGUAAGUUGUUGAAUCGUCCGCCGCUGUUUCACUUAGGCAAAGACGGUUCGAAGAUUUACUUAUCGUAUUAUACUUUGCUUCCUUUGAUGUGUUCAAGUGUAAUUUAUGCUCAAUACCAUUAACUUCAUCAGACGUCUGCAUGAUAUCAUCAUUACACUAGAUCUUAAUAACUGUCAAGGCACUUAUAAGUAUUAAUUUUAUCGGUAUCAGACUUCUUUAAGAUCCAUUAUCAUUCAUACUAUUUGAAUAUCAAAUGACAUUCGUUGCAAAAAUUUUCGAAGACUGCGUGGCCGUUAUAUGUUAAUUCUCUAGGAAUGUGGCAAAUAAUUUUUUAUACCAUUUCACUGAUUCUAAAUUAUCAGAUAAGUAGGACUUAGACAAAGGGUCUGCGACCAAACCAUUUGCAACUUAACCAAGAUUGCUCUAAGGCGUAUCAAAAAUCUGUGCCACGACAAUACAAUCAUUUUCCGGAUAUUCAAGAUGGAGCAUUCCUAGAAAGAAUUCUUAAGAAUUUAAGCGAUUUCAACUUUUCUAUUAAUAUUAUAAGUCUGACUCUGGUCUUGACCAAAUUAUUCAAACGCAGCUUCAUUAUCACACCUGACAAGUACAUUUUGUAACCACAUUUAUCGAUCAUACACGUAAUUAGUCAUAAAUAGUAGUAAAUUUUGAUAGCCAUAAUUUAUAAGUAAUAAACUGAUUAACUUCACUGUCAGUAAUCACUGCCUAUUUUAAUGUU